AUGGCGGCGAACCGCGCUCUGGGAGCUUGCACGACUUACGCGCCUCAGCUCUCUUCGCUCUCCUCACCGCUGCCUGCGCCUUUCGUCGCAUCUUCAACCUCGAUGGCGCGUUCCGCUAGGCCGGCUUUCGCCUCGUCAGGCUCAGCGUCUCUCUGCACUCGUUCUUCAUCGGGGGUUUCCUCUUCUGACGCGCGGCGCUUGACCUUCUGCUCGCGUUCGCCAUGUCGUGAACGGCCGUGCCUCUUCAGAUCUCGCUUCUCCCUCGUAAACUCUCUACAGCUCCCUGCCGCGCGGCCUUCGUCGCUGUCCUCUCUGUCGUCUUCUGCAUCUCCUUCUUCCUCCGCUCGGUCUUCUCCCCCUUCUGCAUGCUCGCCUCUCUCUGCGUCUUACCCCCAAGUCCCGCUUUGUCUGCCUCGUUCGUCAGCGCGCGUCGCUCCCUCCUCGCUUUCGGACCGACUCGCUUCUGGACAGCCCUCCUGCGAAAAAGCACCCUCCUCGGCUUUUGCAGCGAACGCAGCCCUCGCGUCGCCCGGGAAGGCCCGGCUGGGGUCUACAUACACCGCCCUCGGGGCAGUGUACGGACACUUCGCUCUGCUACAGGGCGGCGGCGCUGCCUUGGCUUCGCAGCAGCGCGGCAUGAAGUUCGUGCAUCCUCGGCACUGGAUUCUCCAGUGGAAGAUUCGGCCAGGCGACCAGGUCGUGGUGAUUUCUGGCAAAUACAAAACCAUUCGUGGAACAGUUCUGCAGAUCGAUAAGAUGCGCAACGGCGUGUCUGUCUCAGGCGUCAAGGAGCAAAAGCGCGUCAAGCAAGACGACGGCACCUUUAUCAAGAUCCCUGGGCUGAUUCAUGUAUCCAAGGUCAUGCUCAUCGAUCAGGCAAUAAACCUUCCUACGCGCGUUGCACUUCGCGUAGACGACCAAGGGAACGUUGUGCGCAUUUCGAAGAAGAGUGGGCUGGUGAUUCCGUGGCCAGACAACGAGAUGAUCAAGUUCGGCGACAACCGGAAAUCGCGCGAGUUUUUGAAGAGCAAAGAGGAACGCGAUGCGGAGUUGAAGAAGGAACAGAACGACACGGAAGAGCCCGUCGGCCCCAAGGACACGCCCGCAGAUGUCGCCGUGGAACGCACCUACGACUACCACCGAGACGUGGCGACGAUGCAGGCGCUGAGGCAGAUGAUGACUAAAUACAACCGCGACUUCCGAUAG